ACAUUCAAAGAGAAUGUUUGUAAACGCCUAACUAAAAUGAAUAUUCGAUAUUAUUUGUUAAUUGGAUUCGCAAUUUUUGAAUUGGGAAUACGGCGUUGCAGAGGUCAUUAUCCAAUUGUGCCGAUUACACCAUAUCCUAUUGCUGUUAAUCCAUGCCCGAACAGUCAAACUGCCUGCUGUGGUAAUCAACAGCUUGCUCCUUGCUCUGAGCCACCAACGAAUGGAGUUAGUUGUCAACAAUGUCAAUCAUCAACUACUUGCGCCUGUUCUACAAUACAGACGAAUCCAAUUCAAACCUGUUCCUCUUGUUGUUCAACAACUCAAUGUUGUGGUUCCACAACUCAAUGUUGUGGUUCCACAACUCAAUGUUGUGGUUCGACAAAUCAAUGUUGUGGUUCCACAACUCAAUGUUGUAGUUCCACAACUCAAUGUUGUAGUUCCACAACUCAAUGUUGUGGUUCCACAAUUCAAUGUUGUGGUUCAACAACACAAUGUUGCUGUGGAAAAGAACCACCUAAAAUACCAACGCCAGCACCACCAACACCACCAACACCACCACCACCACCAACAAUAUCCACUGCCACGACUCCACCCAUCGUAUGUCCUCCUGGAACAAUACUCAUUGGACUAGUGUGCACUAUUAUAUAUUGUCCCCCUGGAACUCAAAUGGUAAAGGGUAAUUGUGUUGUCAUUGAAUGUCCGAAAGGUACAGUUUGGAUUGGUCAUAGAUGUGGCGUGCCUGAACCCACUGUACAGAAUAUAACAAUUUAUAAUACAAUUAUAACUCAAUUUAAUCAAACAAAACCGGACAUUAUAAUAAACAAUACGAACAACAUUGUCGUUAAUGCAUCGGUGAGUUUAAACCACGAGAGCAAUCAGGACAUUUCGAAUACAACAAAACCAUCGAAAUGUUGUGUUAUCAUGACGCCACGCAUAUGUGAGGAUCGUAAUAAUCGUUGGCAGUGUUAUAGUCGCCGCUCUCGUAGAUGUGGCACAUUUUGUGUUGCACCCAAAGUUUAUCUCAGACCACCACGGAUACUGGUUCGACGUAAAUACAUUGUAAUGCCACCUAUUCAAUAUGACUGCGAAUUGUACGGACACUGUGGUCCACAUAUAGGUGGCUACGACUGUUCGGGCUGUGCAAUUCACCAUAUGGAACAUUGUUCACAAUACUGCUAUAGUUAUUCAUGUUCAUCUAGUAGAUGUGCUUUUUAUGAUCAGAUGGAUUACUGUGCUCAUCAACCAGGUUCAUAUGGAUGUCAAGAAGAGGAUGGUUGUUAUGAGGGUUGGUGUGGUACCACCAUGUGACAUCCAAAGUGAUGCUUCACUCAGGCAAAAUGCUAGAUUCUUUUAAGUUUAUGCCUUACUAAGUAAAAGGAAAUAGAAAUAGUUUAAUAAAAAA